AUGGAUUGGGUGGACUGCAAGUUCGAGCUGCGCAUCAAUGGGCGGCCGUUCCACUCUUUCCAGCAGCGGCAGUCCAGCGGUGGCGGCGCCGCCGCCGCCGCCCGGCCACGCCCAGGACCUGCGGCCCAGCAGCAGCCGCGCCCCGCCCCAGCUGAGCGGGCCUACAUGGAGAUGCAAAUUGCCGAGAUCCAGCGCCGGGAGGAGAUGGAGCAGCGGCAAAAGAAGAAGGACCAGCGGGUGGCGCAGGAGGACCGACCCCUCCAGGGCCAGGCCUGGCCCAAGGAGAGCGCGCCCUGGCCGACUGCGUCCUUCAACAAGGAGGAAGGCCAGUCGCUCUUCGGCGAG